AUGACUACUAGCUCACCCAGUCGCACCGCCGAUGAGAGCACUCCCGAUGCCGAGUCAACCACUACCCUCACUACCGCCGCCCCUGCAGACGGCGAUGUGAACUCGGUCCUAACCUACCCUCAUUGCGAUCGCAUAUCCACCACACGCAUCGGUUUGAUCGGUCGCUUGCGAAUCCAUCUCACUGCGGUCGGCGCACCAGCGCCAGUUGUUCUCUCCACCUCCGCUGUUCACACUGCCCACGUAAAUCCACUCAUCGCAGAGGCCAAUUCGGUCACAUGCUUAUCCAUGGCAGGUUAA